ACAAUUGAUUUAGAUGGUUUUAAGCUGUUCAUGAAGACCUUUCUGGAGGCAGAACUUCCUGAUGAUUUCAGUGAACAUCUCUUUACCUCAUUCAACAACAAAAUCCCUCAUUGCAGUCCUUCUGUUAAAAGCAAACCUCAACUCCUUUCAGGAGGUCUGAGAAUUACUAAAAGUACUGCUACAUCCCGACCUCCUACUUCUGCCAACUUAAACUUACCAGAUGUGAUCCAGUUGAAAGACAUUGUUUGCUAUUUGUCUCUGCUGGAAAGGGGAAGACCUGAAGACAAACUAGAAUUUAUGUUUCGCUUGUAUGACACAGAUGGAAAUGGGUACCUGGACAGUUCGGAGCUGGAAAAUAUCAUAACUCAAAUGAUGCAUGUUGCAGAAUAUCUUGAAUGGGAUGUCACUGAACUCAGUCCAAUCCUUCAUGAAAUGAUGGAAGAAAUUGACUAUGACCAUGAUGGCACUGUAUCUCUGGAGGAAUGGAUCCAAGGAGGAAUGACAACAAUCCCACUGCUGGUGCUUCUUGGAUUAGAAAAUAAUGUGAAGGAUGAUGGGCAGCAUGUAUGGAGACUGAAACACUUUAACAAGCCUGCCUACUGUAAUCUUUGCUUGAACAUGUUAAUAGGAGUAGGCAAGCAGGGUCUCUGCUGUUCUUUUUGCAAGUACACAGUGCAUGAACGUUGUGUCUCAAGAGCACCUGCCUCUUGCAUCAAAACAUAUGUGAAGUCCAAAAAGAACACUGAAGUAAUGCACCAUUUCUGGGUAGAAGGAAACUGUCCGACAAAAUGUGACAAAUGUCACAAAAAUAUAAAAUGUUACCAAGGCCUGACUGGACUUCAUUGUGUUUGGUGUCAGAUCACACUGCACAAUAAAUGCGCUUCACAUCUAAAGCCUGAAUGUGACUGUGGACCAUUGAAAGACCACAUUUUACCACCCAUAUCAAUCUGUCCAGUAGUAUUGGAGCGGCAGGCAACUGUGAAAAGAGAAAAGAGUUGCCCUCAGCAAAUGAACAAGUUGGGAGAACGGAACAAAAUGCAAAGAGCAAACUCUGUUACAAUAGAUGGACAAGGUCUUCAGAUCACUCCAGUUCCAGGCACUCAUCCACUUCUGGUUUUUGUCAACCCUAAAAGUGGUGGGAAACAAGGAGAAAGAAUUUACAGAAAAUUUCAGUACCUUUUAAACCCUCGUCAAGUUUAUAGUCUUGCUGGAAAUGGACCAAUGCCAGGACUAAAUUUUUUCCGAGAUGUUCCUGAUGUCAGAGUACUAGCAUGUGGUGGAGAUGGAACAGUUGGUUGGAUUUUGGAUUGCAUAGAGAAAGCAAAUUUGCCUAAGCAUCCUCCAGUUGCUAUUCUGCCUCUUGGGACUGGCAAUGAUUUAGCAAGGUGUCUGAGAUGGGGAGGAGGAUAUGAGGGUGAGAAUCUGAUGAAGAUCUUAAAAGACAUUGAGAACAGCACAGAGAUUUUGUUGGAUAGAUGGAAAUUUGAAGUAAUACCCAAUGACAAAGAUGAGAAAGGAGAUCCAGUGCCUUACAACAUCAUCAAUAAUUACUUUUCUAUUGGAGUGGAUGCUUCAAUUGCACACAGAUUCCACAUCAUGCGAGAAAAACAUCCAGAGAAAUUCAACAGCAGAAUGAAGAACAAAUUUUGGUAUUUUGAGUUUGGCACUUCUGAAACUUUCUCAGCCACCUGCAAGAAGCUGCAUGAAUCUGUAGAAAUAGAAUGUGAUGGAAUUCAGCUAGACUUAAUCAAUAUUUCUCUGGAAGGAAUUGCGAUUCUGAACAUUCCAAGCAUGCAUGGUGGAUCAAACCUCUGGGGAGAGACGAAGAAAAGACGUAGCCAUCGUCGAACUGAAAAGAAGAGGUCAGAUAAAAGAACAACUGUCACAGAUGCCAAGGAAUUGAAGUUUUCAUCCCAAGAUCUGAGUGAUCAGCUGAUGGAAGUGGUUGGUCUGGAAGGAGCUAUGGAAAUGGGUCAGAUAUAUACAGGACUGAAAAGUGCUGGAAGGCGGCUAGCCCAGUGUUCAUCUGUUGUUAUCAGGACCAGCAAAUCUCUGCCUAUGCAGAUUGAUGGGGAGCCAUGGAUGCAGACUCCUUGUACAAUAAAAAUAACCCACAAGAAUCAAGCCCCAAUAUUGAUGGGACCUCCUCCAAAAACUGGUCUUUUCUCCUCCAUCAUCAAAAGAACAAGGAACCACAGCAAAGAAUAAGCCUUUGUAGCUGAGUUGUUAGAAAAUAAAUUAGCAGCAUUGGUGUUUGAAUAUUCAUGCUGGAAAUCUUUCAAGAGUUUUAGAAUAUUCUUUACUUGCAGAAUCAUGGAAUUUGGUAUAGCAGUUUCUGUGACUGAGCUAAUGUAAAAUGAUGCUAUUAGAAAAAAAUAUUGUCACGGUUUUGUAGGCAUUUUGCAUGAAGAAAGCAGAUGUUUACAUAAAGUGAUAUGGCAUAUUUUUGUUGCAUGCAUUACCAUUUACUAAUUUAUGGGAUAAUUCUGCCAUGGAAUACAAGAAGGGAAUGCCAUAAGUAAUUUGAUUUUCUUGAUAUGAUUCCAUUUCUAGUUUACUCUAAUGCAGUUAUCAUAAUCCAUAGAUUUGAUAAUUGCUUCUCUUAAUCUGAAGAUGUUUGGAUUCGGUAAUUGAUUUGACCUGUCACAAAAGAGUCUGAAAGGUCACAGGUCUCAUUAACUCAUACUUUUACAUUUAACAUUGCUUCCCACUCUUAAGAAUACUUUUCUUUUGCAUUUUAACCCCACAAAAUAGUACUCAAGUAUUUAUAUCUUUGAUAAGAUAUCUCUCAUCCUGCAAACACAUAGGCAUGAGUAACUUUGCACAUAGAAAACAUCUUAGUCAGCUGACCUGCAUUACUAUUCGCAUGCAUAUAAUUACUCGUGUAAGUUUUUGCAAGAUCUAGUAUUAAUGAAAGUCUGCCUGAUUAAGGGUUACGAAACUAAGGCCACGCUAAGACAAAAGAUAAUACUACCUGUAAAAACUAGCCAGCAACGUUGUUUGCUGAAACAUUAAAAUGCUCUACUCGGCAAUAAAUCUUUGUAGUAUGCCAGACUUUAAAUCAUUUUGCAUAUUGACCAGUAGUGCAGUGUGUAUGCACACAAACAACCAAACCUCAUGCCUAAUAAAGUGCAUUUCCCACCAAAGAUUUAGUGAAGGAUGCUUCAAAGAAAUGGGUUAAUGCAUAAUUAAUCAAGCACACUGGAUCAGAUUCACUUCUGAAAAUUUACAGUUCUUUUGAUUACCUUGGCAAUGUCCAGACUAAUUCUAGGAUAGGAAAGACAGUCAAUUAAUUGCAAGUAAAGUGUUCACCUUUCAUUUGUUUCAUACAGUAAUAAACACGGACACAUACAGUGAGUACUGCACAAUUAAAACUUUAUCUAAUUUUCUUUGACUGUUAUUUGUACAUUUACACCAUACACUACUUUCUCAUACUCUGAAUCAAUCUCCUGACAGCAAGGACAUGCUGUUAUCAGUUCCCUUUUUAUAAUUUGCUUCCAUGAAUAAAAACAUUUCCUCUUAAAAUGAUUUGGAAAGCAGUUGUUCAGGUCUUCAUUUUCUCAGCUCUCUGAGAAACUUCUCAGCAGCUUAGAAAUCACAGCUCAGGUGUUUGCCUAUGGUUUGCAUGGCGCUGUUGGAUUGCCUAAGGCAAGUCCGAGAAUGGCAACCUUUUUCAAUGUUGCAUAUAAACUUACGAUCUGGAUCUACAGUAAAAUGCUUUUUUGUGCGAUCUUUACAUUGUUCUUCAUACAGAAUGACCUGCACCUCAUCACUGCAUGUUUUCUGUUCUCAAACAUCCCAUGAGAAAAUAAAACCUUUUUGAAAUGCAUGAUUUAUUAGUUUGCUCCCACCUUUAUCUAUCCAUUAAAGUGCUAAUGUUUUAUCAAAUCUAUUUUUAUAUUGAUUCAUUCAUCCUUAAAAAAAUUAAAUCACAUUUAAUUAUUCUGUAGUGCACGACACUGUGCAUGGGUUUAAGUAAAAUUGAUAUUAUUUGGUUCCUAAGUGUGUGAACUCAACAGAGUUCCUUUGUAUAUAGUAGAUACUGAACUAAAAGGCAGUAUAUUGAUGGUAAAGAUUAAAUAUAUAUGAAAUGUGCUCUCAAUGUUCUGUAAACAUUAGGAGGCAAAUACCAAUUAAGUUCAGCAUUAGUUAAAAAAACAGAAUGACAGUUAUUUGCUAAAAUUAAGAUACUGUAAUUCACCAUUUUUGGGACCAGUGUUAUUAACAAUUAUGAUAAAAUAGAAACUAUUACUCUUGUAUAUUGCAUAUAUAUCCACACACCAAAAAAAAAGUCUGUUGCAGUGUAGUUACUGCAGUUAUCUAUAGAGGGCAAAAAGUAUUUGCAUAAAGAAAUACCUUGUUGGCAUAAUGUUACAUAAUGUGUACUGUACAUUGAUUUUAUGAAAUUAUGGUUACAGGUAUUUUCACAUAUCUUAACAUAGAAUUUUCUACCGUUGCUAUUCAACCUUUUGUGGCAAAACGUGUUUAAUGAUAUCAAUUAUAUUAUGUGCCCUCUAUGAUAAUCUCAUGAAUAUUGUAACCCUGAAAAAUAAAUAAAAUGGUGCAUAAAAUAUUAUUUAACCAUGUAUUCAAUUUAAAGGUGCCAGCCUGUGAAUAUCUGUCAGAGAUAUGAUUUUUUCUGUAGAGAGAAGGAUGGGUUUAAGCACAAUCCAAAAUAGUUCAUUUCUCUUGUGAUAGCUAGGUUGAAGAAGCUAACUCAUAAAUGACAUUCCCACUGAAAGAUUUAAUAAAAUAA